AUGAAUCCGGACCACGUAACCCCACCCGCCGGACCAAGCACCGGCGGCAGCAACCCCUCUUCCACUUCCAACUCUUCCGCCCCCGGCCCCGGACCUUCGUCCGCCUACCAUUCGGCAUCAGCAUCAGCAGCAGCCGCCGCAAAACGCUCCCGCGUCCUCCUCUCCUGUGGUCCCUGCCGCGCCUCCAAGCUGAAAUGCGACCGCUCCGAGCCGUGCGGCCAGUGUCUGAAGAAGUCCCGCCCGGAAGGCUGCGUCUACGCGCCGAAACCCGAGAAGCAGAAGCCCGCCAAGGGCAUGGCGGCGCGGCUCAAGAGGCUGGAGGGUAUGGUGAGGACGAUGAUGGAUGAGGGAGGAGGUGUCGCGGGAGCGGGACCAGGAGGAGGAGGACCGCAGACUACUGGUGCUGCUGUCGACGCCGUGCAGGAGGAGGAGAAGGGCAUCGCGCAGCCUGGGGGUCAGCUUGUUCAGGGGGGUAGGGCGAGCACGUAUGUUGGGGCUACGCAUUUCAUGGCUAUUCUUGAGGAUAUUGAGGAUAUGAAGAGCUACUUUGAGGAGCCGGAGACCGACUACGACGAGAGCCCUGAACCGUCAGACGAGAUCGAGGCCCCUGAUCUCAUGCUCUUCUCGAGGAACAUGCCUCGCAGCAGAGAGGACCUGUUGAAGCUGCUCCCUGAGCAAAAGAUUGUCGACAGACUCAUCAUGAGGUACUUUUCCUCCCGUAGUCCAUCACAGCGUAAGACACCACGGCUCGGCUCUCGCGAUCUUCACCCCAUGGCUUCGUAUUACGCCCGCUUCUGGACCGACCCGUCCAGCACCGACCUCCACUGGCUCGCCCUCCUCUUCAUGGUCAUGUCCCUCGGCGUCUUCUACUCGACCUUCAUGGCACCCCACGAGCUCUCGGUCGACUCCCCGCAGCCGCCCAUGGACCGCUUCAAGCUCUUCCGCGCCGCCGCCGCCUGCUGCCUCGUCUGGGGCAGGUACACCCACCCGACCAUCGCCACCAUCCCGCCCUUCAUCCUCUACGUCGAGGCCGAGUUCAUCAUCUCCCGCGCCGCCCAGAUGAACUGCUACGUCCUCUCCUCCGUCUGCCUCCGCCUCCUCCUCAAGAUGGGCCUCCACCGCGACCCGGACCGCCUCCUCGCCGCGGGAACCGUCAUCUCCCCCUACGAGGGCGAGAUGCGCCGCCGCAUGUGGAACAUGGCCGUCCAGCUCGACCUCCUCGUCUCCUUCCACAUGGGCCUCCCCAGCAUGCUCAACGGCAUCGACGCCGACUGCAGCCUCCCGCGCAACCUCAUCGACGAGGACUUUGACGAGGACACCCUCGUGCUCCCGCCGGCCCGACCCGCGACGGACUACACCGAGAUGACCUACCCCAUCAACAAGUCCGCCAUGAUGCUCGUCUUCGGCCAGGUCGCGCGGCAGUCCCACCUUCUCACCCCGCCGCCCUACGCCGAGGUAAUGCGCCUCGACGACCUCCUCAACACCUCGUGGUGCGCCGUGCCGCAGUUCAUGAUGGUCAAACCCCUACAGGAGUGCGUCACCACCCCGCCCAUGCAAAUCAUCCAGCGCUUCGGCCUCGCCUCGCUCUACAACAAGAGCCGCUGCGUCCUCCACCGCCGCUUCCUCCUCGACCCCGCGCCGCGCCGCGAGCACGACUACUCCCGCCGGCAGUGCCUCGAGGGCGCCGUCGUCCUCCUCGACUUCCAAAACACGAUAUGGCACGCCUGCCAGCCGGGCAACAUGCUCAGCCAGAACGGCUGGUUCGUCUCCUCGCUCGCCGUGCACGACUUCCUCCUGGCCGCCACCAUCCUAUACCUCGCCAUCGGACACGAACCGUUCUGGGGUGGCGUGGACGGCAAGACCGGCGCGGCGGCGACGACGACGGCCUCGCCCGGGUGGAUGGCGGAGAUGAAUCCCCCGCCGACGAGGGCGUACCUCCUGCACCUCCUGCAGAGGUCGUAUUCCGUCUGGAUCGCCAUCGCCGGCGGCGUGCCCGAGGUGAGGAAGACGGCGGGUAUCCUGGAAACGAUGCUGAACAAGCUGGGGUCGCCGCCGAAUUCUCCGCCAGAGAACGGGGGCGCAAAGGUGUCGUCGGCAUCGGGGCUUCGCCAGAGUGACGGGCCGGAAUCGGCUGCUCGAUCCGCCCAAGACGACCAACAGCUACUCGACGGUCUUUCAAUCAGUGACUCGACAUCGUUCCCUACGACUACGACGAAUCGCUUCCAGCCCUUUGAGUUUGUCACGUCGGGCCUCGGGCCAAGUGAACCUGGGCUCGACCGUGGAUGGGCGGCGGUUGGCAAUGAAGAGAUGGACUGGCGAUACUUUGACAACAUUAUGGCUCAGCCUCACAAUGACCCAGUCGGUCUCGAGUCACUGGACGCGUCCCAGCCGUGGUUUGAACGGACACUGGGACCGGACGAUUUUGAUUUCUCUACGUCUGGUGCAUGGGAUCCAAGCUUGGGAUAA